CCCACAUCCACCACAUCCACAUCCACCACAUCCACAUCCACCACAUCCACAUCCACCACACCCACAUCCACCACACCCACAUCCACCACACCCACAUCUACCACACCCACCUCCACCACACCCACAUCCACUGCACCAGUGUCUAUAACUAUGGCCUCCAAAUCCAUUCUUCAAGGCUCUCAUGAUCUCAUGGAUAAUUCCUUAAAGUCGUUAACCUCAGAGCAAAAGGAAAUACAAAUUUCUGACAAUCUAUUGGAAUCUCCUGAGGUUUACUGUUACGUUUGUGACAAUAAUGUGAGUGGAAAGGAUAUUACAUCUCACUUAUAUUUUGGGAGACUUUCAUGCACUUCCUGUCCUGCUGAAAUUGUCAGCUGUGAUAUGAUGAAUUUAUCAGAGAACCCACUUUUUAUGGGGUUAUGUCAUAGUGGCCAAGAUCACAGUUUUCAAAAUUGGCCUCACGACCUAAAUAAAUUUCUGACAUAUAAUAUACAGAAAGACUUGCUCAUCAGGAGAUUUUGUGAAGACAUACACACUGUGUUGACGAAUGAAGAGUUAAAGGAGGAAGUUGAGCAGUAUAUUUCUAAGUUAGAUGUUCUGUUACCAUAUCCACCCUGGAGGUCUGCAUUACAUCAGAUUAAAUACAUGCAUCAUGAAACAAAAUUUCACCCAACUGUUAACCUGACUGAAGAAAAGGAAUCAAGUCCAGGGAACACCAGUUAUUUGGAUGAUAAUGUAAAUUUAAAGGAUUUAACCUCAUAUAGUCCCUUGCCUAAACCUCCAAAAUUUCUUCGAAAAUCCAGCAGAUUAAGAGGGCCUUGUAUUGUGAACACUCCAGUAGAUGGCCGGUACCUGGUUGUGAAAUACCCAAGCCAGUCGUGUCCAGAAUCAUGCCCCGAGUGUUACACUGUCAUUUGUCCUUCCAAGUUUAGUUUAAAUAUCACCAAUUUCACUAUAUCAUAUGUUUGUGAAUAUUGCUACCUUGUUAUAUAUUUUAUACCAAAUCCUGUGGAAGGUUUUGAUUCAAAUAUUGGUUUCAAAAAUGAAAGAAUUGGGCUUAAGAAUGCUAAUCCAAAAUCUCGCAAGCUUAUCAAAAAAAUUAUUUUUCAUACUUAAUUCUCUUGGUGGAUAUAAUAUAAAACAUUUUAUUAGCAACAGAUUUAUAUUAACAAUACAGCCUCACCUCGCUUAGCAACGUAUUCAUUUACCAAUGACUCGGACUUAUGAUGGGCUCUCUGACCAGUAUACGUACCUAAAUACGUAAUGUAUAUUAGAGCUGAUUUCCUGUAUUUUAUUUAUGUAUGAUGCAAAGGUGACAUUAAAACAAUAUCAAAGAUGGCUGACACAAACCCACUACCAUUAUAGUAUGCUCCUCACUUAGCGAUGAAUUCGUUUACUGACAUGGUCUUAGGAACAGAAUUUUGUCGUUAAGUGAGGAGAGGCUGUAUAUUACCUGUUUUAUAAAGACUGACAAAAUUUUAAAUGAUUAUCAAACUAUGAAAUACAGUAGUUCCCCAAAUUUGCGGGGGUUAUGUUCCAUGACCACCCACGAAUUUGGAAAAACCGUGAAUUCUGGACUCAGUUAAAAAAAUGUCUUUAAAUGCCUGUUUUUAAGUUUAAACCCUAAAUAUGCCCCAAAAUACUUUAAUUUCAAACUCAGUUUCAUACAUCACCCCUAGAAAAAAAAAGGAAUGUAAAGAUACCCCUGUAUACAGUACAGCUUUUAACCCGUAAACGGUCCAAACGUAUAUAUACGUUUUUUCAACAUUUGAAAGUAUGUAAAAAAAGUAGAUCAUCUUUUUGUUUUUUUACAUUUGAAAAUGUGUAAAAAAACUUUGAUCUACUUUUUUUUUUGUUACAUUUGAAAAUAUGUAAAAAAAAAUGUAGAUCUACUUUUGUAGCACUACGCAUGUGAACGUAGAUCUGCUUGGACCGUUUACGGGUUAAUGUCACCUUUGCACCAUUUAUAACCUUUCUGAUGUAUUUUUAAAUGUUUAUAUAGUAGUGUGCUACAUAUUGAAAUAAACAGAAUAGAAGAAAUCAGCUCUAAUAUACAUUGUUUAGGUAUGAAUGCUGGUCAGAGAGCCCAUCGUAAGUACGAGGCGUCAGUAAACGAGUACGUUGCUAAGUGAGGAGAGACUGUACUGUACUACUAUGUCUCCCACAGUGCUAGAAUGUAAAAUGCCGAUGUUACCUCCAUUUUUUUUUUUUUAACAAGUCGGCCGUCUCCCACCGUAAUUCAUGCAACCCCAUUUUCUUUUGUAUACUAUUGCAACAAAAACAGACAAAAAAAAAUUAUGCAAAUUUGCGGGGAUUUCUGCGAACAAUUAUUAGUUAGGUUCUAAGGAAAAAUCUGCGAAUUACUGAAGCCGCGAAUUUGGAACCAUGAAUUCGCAGGGGUCCACUGUAUAUAAAUACGUAUAUACUUUGUAUCAGCUGUAUUUUAAUAAGAUUUAUAAAAUAUUGAUUUUAACUGGUAAUGUAGUGUCUUUUAACCCUUUCAGGGUCCAUGGCCCAAAUCUGGAGUCACGCACCAGUGUCCAAGAAUUUAAAAAAAAAAAAUUUGUUAUUUUUUCUUAUGAAAUCGUAGAGAAUCUUUUUGUGAAGGUAAUAAAACAAAAAGUACGAAAUUUGGUGGAAAAUUGACGAAAUUAUGCUCUCGCGAAUUUUGAUGUGUCAGCGAUAUUUACGAAUCGGCGAUUUUGCCGACUUUGACUCCCAUUUUAGGCCAAUUACAUUAUUCCAAUCAACCAAAUUCUUAGCUAUUUCACUAGUAUUACUUCUAUUCUAUCGAUUGAGCACAAGAAAUCGCCAAGUCAACUGUUUCAACUACAAAAUAAAGUGAUCGGAAAUUGUUAAUUUGGCCAAUUUAACACAAAGUUCAAAAUAUUCCAAUUUCAAAAUAGGGUCCAGAAUGAACAAUGUAGGCAUUCCUGGCACUAAACUAACAUUUCCUCUGUUCAUUAGUUAUGUUUUGAGGCUUUACAAAUAAAUUCCAUUUUGAUUUUUUAUUCACAUAAUGAAUUUUUAUUCACACCAAAAAAUAGAAGAUUUACUGUUAUGCAAUACUGUAAUAAUUGUAUAAAUAUCAUCACCAUAUUUGUGAAUGUAUAUUAGACCCACCAGCUGAUGUGUAUUAGACGUGUGAGGUCGUUUGUUUACUCUUGAAUAUCGGCAAAAAUUUAACAUUUCUGCUACUUUGAGCUCAGUUUCAAGCCAUUUCCAGUGCUAAAACCAAUCAAAAUCAUCUCUAUUUCUGUAAUAUGUCUUCCAUUCUAUCAAAUGAGACCAAGAAAUCGCAAAUACAACUAUAAAAAACAUACGAAAAAACACUGCAAAGUUGCUGUUUUAAUCGAAAAGUUUUAAUCGAAAAAUCAUGAUUUCAUUUUUUUUCUCUCAUUAUACACAGUGUGCUGCAGGAUCUGUUUUAUGUGGUGCACACAUACCACAUAGAUGUAUUCUCUCAUAUCUAGGCCCAAAUGUACCACUCACAGUUUAUCAGAGUGAGCUGAGCUCAUGGCGUAGAUCUACGGUUUGGACCCUGAACGUAAAGCCGUAGAUCUACGGGACGGACCCUGAAAGGGUUAACCCUUAAACUGUCCAAACAGAUCUAUGUUCACAUGCGUAGUGCUCCAAAAGUAGAUCUACGUUUUUUACAUAUUUUCAAUUAUAAAAAAAACGUAGAUCAAAGUUUUUUUUAAACGUUUUCAAAUGUAAAAAAAAUGAAAAGAAGAUCUACAUUUUUUUACAUACUUUCAAAUGUUGAAAAAACGUAGAUCUACGUUUGGACAGUUUAAGGGUUAACAUAGUACUGUAUUACAGUCUUUUAACAUGGUACUGUAUUCAGUAAUUCGCGGAUAUUUCCUUAAAACCUAACUAAUAAUUGUUCUCGGAAAUCCCCACAAAUUUGCAGAAUUUUUUUUUUUUUUUUUUUGUGGCAAUAUAAAAAUUUUUAUGCAUUGUAAUACUAAAUAUUAAGAAAAAUAUAAUUUGAUAAUACAGUGGACCCCCGGUAUUCGAUGGCAUCGGUAUUCAAUAAAUCCGGUAUUCGAUGCAUUAUAUCGCAAAAAAUUUUCCUUGGUAUUCGAUACGAUUCGUACGAGACCUAUCCACAUGUGGCCUGAACUGCCCCUUGUGUGCCAGUGUUUACAAGCCAGCCAGUGUGCGCGCAUCUAAGGAUACAUUCGGUACAUUCCAUAUUAUCCAUAUUAUCACUGUGUUUGGUGCUUGUUUCUGCAAAAUAAGUCACCAUGGGCCCCAAGAAAGCUUCUAGUGCCAACCCUGUGGUAAAAAGGGUGAGAAUUAGUAUGGAAAUUAAGAAAGAUUUUGAAGGGUUUGGGGCUAACCCUGAGAAGCCUAUACCAGUUGUGGAAUACAUUGUGCCUACUUCAAAAAUUAAGGAAAUGUGUGCACAGUGGGUUGAAGUGCAAACCUUUAUGGAUGAAAAUCACCCUAACACAGCUAUUACAAUGACAAUGUUGUGGCCCAUUUUAGACAAAUCGUAAAGGAACGGGAGGUACAGUGCUCUAUGGACAGAUUUGUUGUGCGACAGAGGUCCAGUGACUCUCAAGCUGGUCCUAGUGGCAUUAAAAGAAGAAGGGAAGUAACGCUGGAAAAGGACUUGCUACCUCAAGUCCUAAUGGAAGGGGAUUCCCCUUCUAAACACUAACACCUCUCCCCUCCUCCCAUCCCAUCACUCAUCACCAGAUUUUCAUUAAAGGUAAGUGUCAGUUAUUUUAUUGUUAUUGUAAUUAUUCUAUUGCAUUAAACUUAAUAUUUCAUGUAGUAAAAUUUUUUUUUCAUACUUUUGGGUGUCUUGCACAGAUUAAUAUGAUUUCCAUUAUUUCUUAUGAGGAAAAUUGAUUCGGUUUUCGAUAUUAUCGGUAUUCGAUGAGCUCUCAGGAACGGAUUAAUAUCGAAUACCGGGGGUCCACUGUAUUGUAACAUAAACGGUCUUGCAUGAAUUACAGUACAUAUAGGGGUAACUAAACAGGUAUCUGAACCUUUCAUGGUGCAUACAGUUUCCUUAGGUGGACUUACAUUCAAAAUUUUAUUAUAAUCGGAAUGAUAGUUUAUUAGUUUUUUACUAGAGAUCAAAAGCAGUUCACAUUUAGGUGUGAAAUGAGCCUUUAAUAUUGAGAAAUGAUGUUUGCCCUGUGAACUAAUAGUAUCCUGGAAAAAUAUAUUAAUUCUACAUACAAGUGUUCUUCAAUUUAUGCAGUAGAUGUAAUCCAGGCAUAUGACAGGUGUACUAAUAUCAAUUAGGUUAUCUACAAUUAAUCCAAAUAUAGUAUUGUAAUAAGAAUCCUCAAACUGUUUGCAAACUGCACUUAUCACAGAUGGUUUAUGUAUGUCACACACACAGUUGUUGAUAAAAAUGUGAUAUCCCAUUUAGUGAAUUCAGAUAAAGCGUACCCACAUAAAAUAAGGGAAAUUUGUAUAUAAACUUUUAUACAUUUCUACUGUACCGAUACAUAAGGUACACUUGUUGUUAAACUACAGAAAUAAUUGACUACAGCAUAUACAGGGAACAGCAGUGAAUUAUAAAUUGAAUGCUCAAGUACUUUGUUUGAGGAGCCACAUAUUUUUAGAAGGAAGUGAAAAGAAGAAAAAGAAAGAGAGUAACCAACAGAAGCCUUAAAACACUGUUGUAUACUGCUUAAAAAAUACAAAAAAGUUCAAACAGAAAUCAUGAGGUUUUAUUAUUUUAAGUUUACACAGUUUAAGUCUAAUAAAACAUACCCCCAUCAAGCAGAUGUUGGAUAAAACUUAAAAGAAGUGUGGCCAGACAAAGGCUCAACGUACAUUUAACGGGAUGUCUAAUUAAAAUAGCCAUGAAGUAGACCAAAUCCGCAAUAUCGAAAUGCUGUCUAGAUCAGUCUUACACUCAUUAAAAUAGAUCAGCUCCACUUAAUCGUAAGUUUGUACAGUCCAGGCUUCAUCCAGGACUUAUCCAUUUUCAUUGUGGUGGUAGAGAUAAGCCUGUGUCCAACAAGAUAUUAUGUUACCAGAGACAAAAUAAUUGUUUACAAGAAGUGCAGACAGGGCAAGACAGGGCAGGUAGGGCAAGCAAGAGCAAGCAGGCAGCCAGCCAGUUAGUCAACUAACCAGUCAACCAGCCAGGUAGCCAGUUAGCCUAUCAUUCAAAUCAAAUUCAAAUUCUUUUAUUUCUUUGCAAGUUUACAAUGUGGUUGACAUAUUUUAGGAAGUAUAUUUACAUAGGUAGUUUACAGUGAGGGUUUACAAUGAUUUGUAAUACAAAGAGAGCCACUGUCAUGCCUUCACAUUAUGGGCAGUCUAAACUUAAUACAUUACUGAUUACUUAGCACUUGACAUACAAAACAUAGUAUGAUAAGGUUGCACUAAUUAUACAAUAGGUUAUACAUCUAUUAAAUAUAUGUUAUUCGUCAUUUGCAUUAGGUUAAAAUAUGAGAAUUUAUUGUACUUUUAGCAUUUACUUUUGGGGUUCUGAGGCUAGCCAGCCUGAAAUGGACAUUUGUCCAUGUCUGGUAGUUGAUCAGUUUAGCAGAUUAAGUUUGCUUAACCCUUAAACUGUCCAAGCAGAUCUGCAUUCACAUGCGUAGGGCUCCAAAAGUAGAUAUAUGUUUUUUUUUACAUAUUUUCAAAUAUAACAAAAAAAAAAGUAGAUCAAAGUUUUUUACACGUUUUCAAAUGUAAAAAAAAAAAAAAAGAUGAUCUACUUUUUUUACAUACUUUCAAAUGUUGAAAAAACGUAGAUCUACAUUUGGACAGUUUAAGGGUUAAUUGAAAUGUUCAAUAUAACGGUGGCUUGUGGCCUGGUGGUGGGUUCACCCAUCAGUAAAAGUGGGUACCUGGGUAUUAGUUGACUGGUGUGGGUCGCAUCCUGGGGCAAAAUUGACCUAAUUUGCCCGAAAUGCUCUACAUAACAAGCGGAUUUCUAGUUAGUAAUAUGUCAUUGAUGUCAACUGGGCCUGUAUGCCUUGUAUAUGUACUUAUAGGAAUAAAGAUAUUAUAUUACUAUAAUGGAAUCAGACUCCCCCUCCUCUCCCCUCCUUAUUAGUCCAUUUUAUGGGGCUUUUACUGUACAUAGUGUUAUGGCUGCCUUUAUUGAAGUUCAGGUGUUCUCAUCAUCGUUUUGGCUUGUGACACUGUAUCUCACACACACACACACACACACACACACACAAACAAACAAUAGUGUCAAAAGAGAGGAAGAUACGUAUUAUGUUUCGAAUUAAGUAAGACCUGCCCAGCAAGAUGUUAGGUGCUUUUAUGCGCACUAAGUUUUUACAAAGUUGAGCCAGAUGCGGGAAUAUCAUAAGAGAUUUUUGUGUCUAGUAACAUGCCUAUGAAUUCUGUUGUAACUGUCAAGAAAGAGUUUCAGGGCAGGAUUGAUAUUAGAAUUGACUGUCUUGUAUAUGUAGUAUAUACAGUAGUAUAAUUGCAUUUUAUGCAUAUUAAGUAAGUUUAGAAUUUUCAACAGUGGGACAGUGUUGUCUGGCACUUGAAUGGGUCAUCAUUUGUACAGACACUUUUCGUUGUGUUAUUAUUGGCUUAAGGUGAAUUGCUGGAGUGGAUCCCCAGGGCUCAGCAUGAGCUAAGCUCCAGUGACAAAAAGAAUACAUCUGUUCUCUUAAGUUCAGCUCUAAAAGUCAGGACUCUUGAUCUGAGAAACAAGCUAUCCUCCUCUUCCUUGAAUCAAGUCAGAAUACUCAACAACUCUUCCCUCUUCCCAGUAAACCCUGUGGGUCCCUCAGAUGAGAGGCACAUGUUAUAAAAGUUUCUAUAGGAUGUGAGUGUUGGUUUUAAUUCAGUUGAGAAUCAGGCACGUAUCUCACCCAUAGAUACAUCUUCACGGGUGUGUCCCCUCCCAACCAUUGUGUAGCUAACUAUGGAACACGGUUUAAGAAUUUACCUGUGGCUUAUUCCUGUCCAUGUGCAUCACAGAUUUUAUAUCACCAAGGUGCUUGUAGAGAUAUCAGGGAACUUUUAAAUUUAAAAGUGUACUAUCUGUUUCAGUAUUUAUAAUUUAAUGGAAUUUUUUUUAACUGAUGCUAUUAUUUUUACCUGCCAUAAUAGUACAAUAUUUAUUUGUGUUGUAUGUUUUAUAUAUGUUAGUAGAUUUUAUUGUUUAUUUUGUCAUUUGUUUUCUUAUGUGCUUAUAUAAUUUUUAAUACCAAAAACACUGAAUGAUCUACAUGGUCAAAGCACUCUUCAAAUGCAGAAACCACUUUAUGUAUUUCCAAUGAUUUUACUCCCUCUUAUUUUUUUCCCCCAAACUUUUGCCUGCUGUAUGACUGCAUUAAUAAUAACUAAUAAUAACUAGCUUUUUUAUUUGUUUGUACAUCCUAUAUACAUACAUUAAGGAAGUUACUGGUUUGUUUGACUGUUGCCUAUGCAUCAGGUCAGUGCUUGUGCAAUGCUAUUGUUCUGUCAUAACACCUAGGUUUAUUGUCAAGUUCAUGGCUCUAUUGCAAUGGGACCAUGGAAAUUUUUGUCCCCCUAUUGACUUUUAUGGCACUCAUUGCACAACUGUAUUACCCAUUUCCUCAUUGUACUUUAACAUAAUUAAAUACCCAGUCUAAUUAUAUCUCCAUUGUCUUUUGCACCCCCAUUGACUUAUUGUACUCUCAGAUUUUUCUUCCAAUAUUUCUCCCAAUAUCUCUUCUUCCCUGAUGUAUAGCUCUUUAUGACCCUCUUGAGUUUAGCAUAUUUUUGUGAAUAAAUACAUAUUUACUCAUUCCCUACUUCUUUCUGCAAACAGCCGCUAUUUAUGGUCAAGGGAUCUAGCCCUCUAGAUACCCUGAGCUGCACUAGUUAAGGCAGCCUAUAUCUGUAAAGCCGACUGCAGAAACUUGGGAGAUUCUCCAUGUGUGUACCAUGAAUGCCAACCCUGCUAGUCAAGAUUGUCAGUGUUUAGCAAUCUAAAUACUAAAUCCAUUUUUAAUUAACCUAUCACCUUCUCUUAAUAUAUCCAUCUUUUUCCAUAAUUUAUUUAUUUAUUUAUCAUAACUUUUUCAAUAACAUUUCAGCCAAACACUACCUGGCACAGUGUAUUCAAAGAAACUAUACAUGCUCUCUAGUAAUCCUUAGUUACUUUUAUUUCUUUUCAACAUACCAACCGUCUCCCACCAUGAUAAGGUGACCAAAAAAAAAAAAGGAAACACAUUCACUAUUAUUCAUUCAAUAGCUGUCUUGCCAAAAGUGUGCAGACAUCAAAGUUCAAAUUACCUUCCAAACUGCAACAUCCUCACUCAUCCUUCAGAGUGCAGGCACUGUACUUCCCACCUCCAGGAUUCAAAGCCAGCUAACUGGUUCCCCUGAAUCCAUUCAUAAAUAUUACCUUGCUCACACUCCAACAGUAUGUCAAGCCAUGAAAACUACUUGUCUCCACUCACUCCAAUCUAACACACUCUCACAAGCCUCCCAGAUGCUCAAGCCUCUAGCAUUCAAAACCUUUUUUACUCCCUUCAGCUAUUCCUAGGAUGACUCCUACCCCAUCUUUCAUAUUCACAUUUAUCAAAUUCAUUAACCAUUCUAAAGCUUUUUAUUUAGCACUUGCCUUGAACAUAAUGAAAAAAUUCAAAGCUUUUUCCUACCUGCUUUCAGUAUCUCAUUCUUAAUCUAAGCUAUUCUGACUGCUUCUCACUUUCAACCUGCAUGUCUCACCUCUUGAUCUCUUCAAGCAAAUCAUAUUAGUCAAUAUCUUUCAAGAAUGGGAGAUACCUUGAUGCCAGUGAAGAGCUCUUGAUACAAGGAAUUGGAGUUACCCUACCCUUUCCUUCAAUCAAAGCUAAUUGCUUUCCAUUCCUCAGGUACUGUAUGACCCCUAUAGAUUUAGCACUUCCCCAUAAUGUAAUAAUAAUAGUCUUCUGUGUCCCAUGUAUGAAAUCUUUUUGUUCUCUUCAUUAUUUAUUUUGAAUAACAUCAAAAUUGCCCUUAUUGUAACCACAUAGUGCAGCUAUAAGCCAUAACUCAUGGAAAUAAUUUCCACAUGUUUUAUUUAAAAACCAUUUUGUUGGUAUCAGUUACCAAGGUUUACAUAGGCAUGUGUUUGUUGUAAUUAUAGAACCAGUCAGGUUACAGCCCUCACCUUAUGGGACUUUUCUAGCAAGGAGGAAAAUGUUUACCUUGCCAAUUUUGAGUCUGGCAAAAGUCAAGACCUGGCUGAUGAUAGGCUUAUCUCUGUCAUUGGGACACUACAUCCAGAGGUGGAUUGGUCAUACGGGUGUUUGGGCAAUGUCCAAUGGGCCACUGGGCUGGGUUAAAAAAAAAAAAAAAAAAAGAGUUAAAAAAAUGUCAUGAAAAAUUGAAGUCAUAGCCACUGUGCAAAGAUUGAAACAAAAA